AUGGCCGCUCAACCCAACGCUAUCGUCGUCAACGGCGUCGUAUGGCGUCCCUACAUCCCCUCCUUCCUCUUAACUCGCGCUCGGUUUCUAGUCUGGGUCGCGUCGCGUCUCUUCCCGGCCGCGGAUAUUCUCGGCACCGGCGGCGUUGCAACGCUCUCGUCCUUCCGCCAGCAACUCGCUUUGUUCGAUCUGCCCGACGUCUGGCGUUUCGCCGAGGACACGUGUCUGACCGACCACUGGCCGGACAAAUACCACACCUUUUACAACGCCCAUUUGAUUGGGAUCACGGCUUGGCCGGAACACCAAAGCCAGGCGUACGACGGCUUUGCGGACGCGCGGCGCACGAGCGUCCGAUCAAUGCAAUGUGCACAUGUCAACCUCUGGCGCUGGCUCCAGUCGCUCGCGCAGGUGCAUCUGGAGCACCCUGCGUUCACGGCCGAGCAGGUCAUCGAGGCCGCGCUUCCACUUGCGCCGACCAGGGCCACGCGCUACGACGUCCCUCCCAUCUUCCCGGAGCUCCACCACUAG